GAAGCACAACUACGAUUGGUGGAGCAGAAGGAGUCUCAGUAUUAUUACUUACGCUCUCCGCGGAUAUUCUCUGUUUUCUCUUUUACUCUGUUACCGAGCGCGGCGGUACCGGGGAGGGGACACGUGACUGCCACUAGGGCCCUAGGACCGUCCUUGACUGUCACUAAUGAGUUCACUUAGCUUCCCCUCCUUUACAACUUUCACGGGUUCCAUUGGCUACGUAUUUGGCUACGUACACGCCCCCGUUGCCUGGGUAACCACAGUAACGCGGAAGCGAAGGCGGGUUUCCAUAGAAACAGCUGAGACGAAAUAAACAAUCGGUAGCGGAGCCGCAGAGCGGACAGUCCGUGUCUUUUAUCCGGAUCCCACUUCUCUCCUGAGUGUGAGUGUGACAUUUAUGCUGCAGCAUGGAAGGCCCCGCCCAGGAGGAACUCACCGGUGCCACGCGGAGCCCCUGUCUGAUGAGUAACUGGGUGGAGGAGAGACUCACUGCCCCCCUCGACUGUGACUCCAACUCAGCGACCACUACUGGACACGGGCACCUCGGAAUCAUCACCACCGACCUCCUGGGACACCUCAUGGACUCCUCCACCUACACUGACUCCUACACCAAUCCCACCCCCACCUGCACCUGUCACACAGGAAAAAGAGAGGAGCUGCUAAAAAUGUUCCUGUACAAGAAGUUCAGUAAAGAAAUACUCCAUGAGAUCAACUCCUCUGCACAGGAGCCCACUGUCACGGAAUCAACGACAAAGAGAGACUAUCAAGUGCAAGGAUUUGUACCCCGGAAACCUCAGGCCAGUAGGACUCAUGACUAUUGCAAGGAGCAGGCAGUGACCUUCUGGACAGAGAAUGUGCACAGUAUUUCUGGGGUCUCUGACAUCCGGACCAAGGACACUCCCUUCAGAAAGAGCUCCAGGUUCACCACCCCUAUAUCUGAAUAUCUAGACCAACCUCUCCCCCACAGCCUGGAAAACUACCCUAAUAUGUGACCUCUCUUAGUUACACACUGCCCCUCCCUUCCAUUAUAUGAACAACAUGGGACUGGGUAAAGACUUGCAUUACAGACAAUGGCAACACAACCCCAUGGGGGAAUCUUUCUCUCAGCCCAAAUACACCAACCAGACUUUAGAUAUGAUCCUCCUUUAAUAUUGCUUUUUACUCCUAAUAAAGGCUUGAUACCUCCA